AUGCCUGCACAGUUACCCUACGAUGUUCCUUGGGCCGCACAUCCGCUCUCAGACCGUGAUGCCUAUGAUGUGGAUAUUGAUAUUUUGGCUCAACAUUUUACGAGCUUAACUGUUAAAGAUGUCCCAAAGACUCCAUCCGUUCCAGGGGCUUACCCUGAAACACCACGAGUACAACUCAGUCCUAGGGUGAAAAAGAUCAUCAAUUUCCUCAGUUUAUAUUCUGAGAAUAACCGCGAGAUGGUCGAGAACUGCACCCGACAACUGUGCGACGUUACGGAUGCGGACAUGUUCGAAAACAAGGCUCUUAAUGCCCUCUCGUUGUUGGUGACCGACGGCAACACUCAAACACUCCAGGAACCCGCAAAGCACCUUCGUGAGCUUCUCUUCGUCGCAAAGAAGAGUGUCAGGUUCUCCCAGGCACCCCCUGAUGAUGAUGUCUUUGGGACACCGUCCGAUACCACCAAUUCUGCAAAAGAUGUCCGUGUAAAAAACGAGCCACCGUCGUCGCAUAUUUCCCUCCAAACCACUGAACUGACGGAUUCUCAAGUCCCGCAAAAGACGGAAAACCAGCCCAUGCAGCCACCCAUGCCCGUCCCGAUCCCCCUACAACCCUCAGCUGAGAGCUCUGCUCAACAUGAUCCCCCCCUUCAUGGGUCACAGGAUCCUCGAGCUCCUUCACAUGUCGCAACUAAUACCACACCCCAGCCCGCGAUUUCAUCGAAAGUCCCGACGGUACAAGCCACCGUCCCACCAGCUGCUUCAGCUCCCCCCCCACCUCACGUCUCGACCGACUAUAAUGGCGUUAGUGCGAUACCACAUGACGCGCGUUCUCACAUUCCGAUUGCACAAGCACCCAUCCCAUCGUCCCUCCCACAUUAUCCCCCAUUUCAGGGGCCUACAUCACAAAUGCAGAGACCAAAUAUCUCACAAGUACCCCCGCCUCCCGUGCCUGCGGCUUAUACCUAUGCAGCGCCCGAAGCCCUGAGCGCGAUCCCUCAAAAUGAGCCGCCUCAUCCGCCUCCCGUGCCUGCGACUUAUACCUAUGCAGCGCCCGAAGCCCCGAGCGCGAUCCCUCAAAAUGAGCCGCCUCAUGGAUGGCAAUACUACCCAGGUGACAGCAUACAUGUUGGCCCACCGUCCCAGAGUCAGGGGUACUAUAGCGUUGAUGUAUCCGCCCCACCGCACUCGGCCACUCGUUACUACAGUCCCCCUCCCUCAGCGCCGAAUGCUACUUGGCAGGCGCCUCGUCAUACAAGCGCCCCCCCGCCAGCGAUGCCAAUACAAACUACCCCAUAUGAGUCCAUCAGCACCCCGCGUCGCCAUAUCAGUGCUCCCCCACCACAGCCUCGAGGCGAAACACUCUCUACACCCCCCACACAGAAUCAACGGUCGUCGAAAUCGUCAUCGUUUGAGAUCAAUAAUGUCUCAAACACGCUCGUCCUUUAUAAUAACAAUGAUCAGCCGAUUACCGUCGCCUCCCUCACAAUGAAAAAUAAUGAGAAACCGAUAAAAGAGGGCUACCGCGUGAAGGCGCGUUAUAUUCACUGUGACCGGCAAUCCUACGUCCCGGUUGUCAUUUCCCGCCCCAUACUCCCUUCAAACUGGAACAAGCUGGCUGGAGAUCUGUUCAUCAUAACAACAGGCCCGCUGGGGCCAUCCACCGUUGCGGAAACUGUAUGGAUGUUGAAGGAAGAGGGUACCUGGCAUGACAUAACCCAUGAUUUCAACAGCGAUCAAUUGGACUCGUUGCACUUGGUGCCGCACCCAGCUAAGGCCAUUGUGAGCGAUCAUUUCCUCAGUAGACGUACUAGUGCUGGUAAGCCUGGUUGGGUAACAGCGAAAACCCAGGAUACUUACAGACUAUGA